AUGGGAGGUGACCUGACAGAGGUGUAUAAGAUGAUGAUGAGACGCAUUCAUCGUGCUGAUAGCCAGAGGCUUUAUCCCAGUGCUGGAACGGCUAACAUUAGGGACCAUAGUUUUAUGGAGCUUGAACGUAAGUACAAGGGGGAUGGCACAAGUUUCUGUGUCGCCGUUAUUGCCGUUGGACUCGGUCUGCAUGGCCGGCCGCGGUUCCUCUGCCAUCUCCUCCUUCUCCGACAGUCAGAUGGCGAACUGGGCCAGAUCAGCAGGUCAGUGCCCGAGCACCUUCACGCCGCAGGCUGCCACUUACAAUUAAGGUUGUCUGGAAGUGAUGAUGCAUGUGCGGGAAGACUGGAAAUUUAUUACGACGGAUCCUGGGGGACAGUUUGUGAUGACUCCUGGGAUUUGCCUGAUGCUAAUGUGGUCUGUAAGCAACUGGGUUGUGGAUAUGCUUUGAAGGAAAAACCAAUUCAUGGUCACUGUGGACGAGGCACUGGUGCAGUUUGGCUGGAUGAAGUAAAUUGUUCUGGUAAUGAGUCGCAUCUCUGGGAAUGUCCUUCAGCUCCGUGGGGCCAACAUGACUGCAGCCAUAAAGAAGACGUGUCAGUUCAGUGCUCCGAACACAAAAAAAUGCGCCUGAUGAACGGAGGUCGGCGAUGUGAAGGCAGAGUGGAAGUGUUGUACAAUGGGACAUGGGGAACAGUUUGUUCCGAGAAGCUGGAUGAAAAAGCUGCAAACGUGAUCUGUAAACAAAUGAAAUGCGGACCCCUAAUAUCUAUUGAAUAUUACUUCUAUAGAUAUGGAAAGGGAUCUGGUCCAAUAUGGCUGGAUGAGAUAAAAUGUUAUUCGUACGAGUCGACCCUUUGGCAGUGUCAUGCUGACCCGUGGGGCAAACACAACUGUGACCACAAGGAGGAUGCAGGAGUUGAAUGUGCAGAACCCAGAAUACGGGAGAAUUACAGCGUAAAGGCCUGCGAUUCACGAAAUUUAUUUGGUUCUCAAGAAUUGCAGUUGCGUCUUUUUGGCGGCAAUACAAAUUGUUCAGGACGGUUGGAGAUCUGGUACAAUAAUACCUGGGGCACGGUAUGUGAUGAUUCCUGGGAUAUGGCCGAUGCCAAUGUUGUCUGA